AUGAAGUCCGCCAAGCCUAGCUUCAAGGUGGCUCUUUCCAACAGGACAAAUAAAGUAGGAAAAUUAAGUAAGAAGUCUAAACUCAGUUACAGACCGAAGGAGCACAAGCAUUCCUUUGAAGACAAUAACGGUGUCAAUCUCUAUAUGACCUAUGUAAAACCAGAGGUUAUCCCGAAGCCUCCUCAAGUACUUUCAGCACUGACUGAAUCCACAUCAACUGAUUUAAUGCUAGACAAAAGCCUGGAGUUGAAGUCACAAAAUUUAGGAUUAAGCGGUUCCAAGAAAGACGCAAAAAUCAGAAGUCACACACAUAAGACAUGCACUAAGACCGUCCUUAAAGAAAGAGACUGA